GAUCAUCCAUCUUUAGUGUAAGACUUUGAGCUGUGGUCAGUGGGAGGAGCCAACACUUCUGACAAACAUGCUGUCACAUAUAAAGUUCCUCCACACUGACUGAUACACUAUGACACCUGCAGCAGCUUUAUGAAUCUUCACUGAUUCCGUAGUUUAUCACUGAGGAGUCGCCCUCUGCUGGACAGGAGGAAGAAUGCUGUCUGCGUACUAAAGACAAGGCUUUAGCAUGACGUCACAUGAACCACUGUGAGCCUCCUCUGCUCCAUCUCGUUAAUAAAGAUCUGACUUCAUGUUAGAGGAUGUGGGUCAGAGAUAAACUUGUGUGCACAGUGCGCAUGCUCAGACUGCCGCGUUUAAUGCACCUGAAGGAACAAGAAAAAGUCCGUUUUAAUAUUUGCACAGGAUCACUGAGGUGUAGAAUCAUCUCUGCUGAGUCUGCGCGCCCUGCCGGCCUGUGAUUGGCUGCAGAUGACAUCAUCUCGUGCUGAUCUAUUGUUGGACUGAGGAUGAGCUCAUAGUUUAGAGGAGCCGAGCUCAGAGCACAAAGAGGCAGAGACACCAGGAGCUGCUGCAGACAGAAAACUACCGACUGCGACUCUGACAACAUGCUGUGGACUCGGGACAGAGACUCGGAGAAACCUCCACUCUCCAACAUCCUGCCCAGACUCUACCUGGGAGCAGAGAGCGACGUGACGCAGGACGGCCUGUCGUCUCUGGGGAUCUCGUACGUCCUCUCUGUGAGUCGUUGUAGUCCUCAGCCGUCCUUCCUGCCUCACUCUCGUUACCUUCGGAUCCCUAUCGACGACUCUCUGUGGGACGACCUGCUGCCCUGGAUCCCCGAGGCGCUCAGCUUCAUCGACGGGGCCAUGUCCUCGGGGGCCUCGGUCCUGGUCCACUGUGCAGCAGGGAUCUCUCGGUCUCCGGCCCUCGCUGUGGCCUACAUCAUGUACAGUCUGGGACUGGACCUGGACCAGGCCUACAGGUUUGUGAAGGAGCGUCGUCCCUCCAUCUCUCCAAACUUUAACUUCCUGGGUCAGCUGCAGCUUUUCCAGAGCACGCUGAGCCUCAACACGCCUGCAGGGGGCGCCAUCACCCAUCAUCCUGACUUUAACCCCGCCCACAAUGAGCAACAGUCUGACUGUAACCCCGCCCACAAUGAGCAACAGUCUGACUAUAACCCCGCCCACAAUGAGCAGAGGGCGGAGCAUCAGGAAGCCUCAGAUCUGACAGAUCAGAACGGACACAGACUCCGAUUUGACGAAAGGGGGAUCCGACAUCUUCAUGAGACUCUAAACCUGCAGCAGAGGGAACAUCAUGUCCCACCCCCCUUCACACUACAACUCCCAGCAUCCUCUGCUUCACUACAGGACAAACGCAAGAGCCUCACCCUCUCUCUGACACCGCUGGGAGUCAGCCCUGUCCCCCCUGCAGGGGGGGCAACCACACCUUACAGAGACAGUAAACAGGACGUCCACAGAGAGCACAGCGCCCCCCACAGGCAGCAGAAGGAACAGGGUCUGCUGUCCCCGUUCAGCUUCAGCCUCAACAAGCUGCUGGACUGGGGGGAGAGGCUGCUACUGGGGGGUCUGUUUGUCCCUCCUGUGAAGAUGGGACAGCCCGCCCUGCCGUACAGGUGCUGAGGACGAGAGGGGGCGGGGCUUAUGUGUGAGCAUGUUUGUUAAAGAUAAUGAUGUUUGUACAGACAGAGAGCUGAUUUAUUUAUUGAUGAUUUAUUUAUUACAGAGACGAUUCUAUAAAAAGUUUACAUGAAAACAAACAUCAGCUGAUCUUGUGACCUUGUGAUCAUGUGACCUUGUGAUCAUUUGAUCAUGUGACCUUGUGAUCAGCGCUUAAGACUUUGAUUUCAUGUAUUUAUGAUCAUUAAACUGUCGGAUUGACUCAA